AUGAAGACCUCCGUACUCUUCGCUGCGGCCUUGACUGCUGCCCACUGGGCGUCGGCAACCUACUCCUCGAGCUGCCGGUGUCUUCCAGGAGAUUCCUGCUGGCCUUCCAAGAGUGCCUGGGCUCAGCUGAACUCGACCGUCGGUGGCAGACUGGUCGCCACUGAGCCCAUUGGUUCGCCCUGCCAUGAUCCCACAUACGACGCGGAGGCUUGUGCGGAGCUGCAGGCGCAGUGGGAGAACCCCUUGACCCACAUCCCGUCCUCGUCUUCAAUCAUGCAGACGUAUUUUGCCAACCAGAGCUGCGAUCCGUUUACAGAUAGAACUGUACCUUGCAAGCUCGGCAACUAUGUCAGCUAUGCCGUUGACGUCAGGAAGACUGCGGAUAUCGCUGCUGCACUGAGGUUUGCAAAGUCCAAGAACGUCCGGGUAGUCAUCCGCAACACGGGCCACGAUUUCCUUGGCCGAUCCACUGGUGCAGGUGCCCUCGCCAUCUGGACCCAGUCCCUCAAGACCAUCGAGUUCAGCGAAUGGUCUGACGACUACUACAACGGCCCAGCCGUGACAGUUGGCGCCGGUGUAGUAGGCUACGAGGUCCUCGAGGCCGCCCACGCAAAGGGCUUCACCGUCGUCAACGGCGAGUGCGCAACCGUCGGUCUUGCAGGUGGCUUCACCCAGGGAGGUGGCCACUCCGCACUGAGCACACAAUUCGGUCUCGGAGCCGAUCAGACCCUCUCCUUCACCGUCGUCACUGCUGAUGGACGUACGGUCGUCGCGUCUCCUACCCAGAACGCUGAUCUCUACUGGGCUCUGAGCGGCGGCGGCGGCGGAACCUUCGGGGUCGUCGUCAGCAUGACGGUCAAGGUGUACAAGUCGCAGAAUGUUGGUGGCGCGGCGUUCCAGCUCCUUGCGCCUACGACCACGCCUGAGAAGUUCCAGGCUGUCGUGGCCAAGUUCUACGAGCUGCUUCCUGCCAUGACGGAUAAGGGAGCCAUGGUUGUGUUCUACAAUAACCAGCAGAUGCUCGUUGUUAAGCCCUUGACUGUGUGGAACUCUACCGCGGCGUACGUGCGCGACGUUGUCCUCGCGCCCUUCACCGCAGUCGUCAAGGAGAUUGGUAUCGCCCUGCCAAUUGCCUACAGUGAGCUCGCCUAUCGUGACCACUACGACCGCUACAUGGGGCCCCUGCCCCAGGGAGGCGUCGAAGUCGCUCGGUACCAGUUCGGUGGCCGUCUCAUCCCCCGUUCCGUCAUCGAGAACAACAAUGAGGGCUUGCAAGAGGUCAUCAACAAGCUCACCUCCAACGGCGUUCUCGCCGUCGGUAGCGUCGCCAAGUACCAAAAGUCCAAGGGUUCGCCAGCCAACUCGGUGCACCCCGCCUGGAGAGACGCCGUCAUGCAGCUCCAGCUUAUCACCGACUGGGACAACAAUGCACUGUGGUCUGAUAUGGAAGCUGCCCAGAAGCGCAUGACGGAGGAGUUUAUGCCUCUGAUUGAGGCUGUGACUCCUGGUAGCGGAUCGUAUAUGAAUGAGGCUGAUUUCAGACAGCCGAAUUGGCAGAAGACCUUCUUUGGUGCCAACUAUGCCAAGCUCUUGAGCAUCAAGAGGAAGUGGGAUCCAACUUCGCUGUUUUAUGUGCUCAAGGGCGUUGGCAGCGAGGCAUGGACUGUUGCUGAGAAUGGGAGGAUGUGCCGAGCGUAG